CGGAGGCGAGGAGGAGCUCCUCCACAACCACUCUGUCUCCCGUUUUCAAAGAUCUUAUGUCCUCCAUUGCUCUACUGAGGCAUUGCAACCCUCCAUUUCCUUCUGCUCUCUCGCGCGCUUUGAUAUUUACUCGACUCAACUGUAAUGUUAAUAUGUUCACGUAUAUUUGAAUGCCUGCAGUUAUGUCAAUGCUCAUUGACGAUCGUUCAAUUGUCGUUUCAUUUCCGAUGUUUCCAUUUAGAUUAUGAAUCAGGAACUCCUGUCUCCAAUCUCAUGCAUUUUUGCCAUAGUUUUGUUAACUUCGGAAAUUCCGUGCAUAUUCACAUUCUGGGUUCUGUGCGUUUCUGGAUAAAAUUCGACUAAUCGUGAACCGCGCUCCCCUUGCUCGUUCGCUAUAAAGAAAGAAAUAUCCCUGUUCACUCUGCAGAAAAGCUAUCGGAUUCUACCUCUAUCCGUUUAUAAAAUCAAGUAUUUUCUUUUGGCAAUUAACACUGAAUUCAGGUGCUUCUGCGUUUUUAUCGUAUAAUUGAUUGCAUUUCUGACUUGGCACGUUGUGGUGAAGUGAUAGAGCUUGGUGAGAGGGUGAGAGAGAGGGUGGGGGUUCUGUGGAUUGUGAUGUAUUGUAGCGGGGAGAACAAACAAUGGGGUUGUGGAAAAGCUGGGACAGUGAAUUUGCAAAAAGUGAGUUCCAUCUUGCGCGACAUUGGGGACCCUUGCCUCUCUCAGUCGCCCGCAAAGGUUGUUAUAAUUGUAAACGGAAUGCUUAAGCCAGAUAAGUGGCAGGCUACAUUUGAUAGUGAAGGAAAGGUUUUUGGUUUCCACAAGGCGCUCAAGUUGAUAGUUUUAGGGGGCAUAGAUCCAUCAAUAAGGCCUGAGGUUUGGGAGUUUUUACUAGGUUGCUAUGCUCUGGGCAGUACUUCUGAGUAUCGAAGAAGAUUGAGAGAAGCUAGGAGGGAGCGUUAUAGGGACCUGGUUACGCAAUGCCAAAUGAUGCAUGCAAGUGUUGGAACUGGCUCACUGGCCUAUAUUGUUGGAUCCAAACUCAUGGAUAUGAGGACAUCAUCCAGAGAUGAUUGGAAAAUGAGAGCUCAAGUAGAAAGGUCAACUUUCAAUGGUAAUAAUUUUGAAGGUGGAAUAUGUUGUGAUGGGGAUGAUAAAUAUACAGAUGCAAAAAAUGCAAGGCAACAGGAAACCUCCAGUGAUUGGGUUGAUCUUGUCAGUUUGAGAGCUAGCAUAGAUGGUGCAGCACAUGAUUCGUCUAGUCCACAGAACUGCAAUUCUGUGAGAUUAGGUGAAGAAGCACAUGAGUCAUUUUUCAUGACUAACAACUAUUUUGAUUUUCCUCCUUUACCGGUCACUAAUUUGUUCGAGAAGAGUGAGGAAGACAACCUAUCAUGCAUGGGACAUGAUAUUAAUUUUUCUAUACAACAUAAUUCAAAAUUUGAAGAUGACAGAAUGCAUAGCUUCGAAAUUAGUAACAAUUUAGACCUAGUUAUUGAGUCAAAUGAUCAACAACUGUUUCCAGCCUUUCAUCCAGUUGACUCUGAAAUUGGAAUUGCUUCUCCUGAUGAGCAUGAACCAGAAGUAAUGGUUAAUAAUCCAGUUAAUGAAGCACAAAUGGUAAAUCAACUAAGAAUUGUGGAUGUUCCUCAACCAGCAAUGAUAAGAACUUCUACUUCUCAAGGAAGGCCUGCCAAUGAAGAUAGAGUUUCACAAUGGCUUUGGACCUUGCAUAGGAUAGUUGUUGAUGUUGUGAGGACAGAUAGUCAUCUUGAAUUCUACGAGGACACAAGAAAUUUAGCUAGAAUGUCUGAUAUUCUUGCUGUCUAUGCAUGGGUUGAUCCUGCUACUGGCUAUUGUCAAGGUAUGAGUGAUUUGCUGUCUCCUUUUGUUGUUCUCUUUGAGGACAAUGCUGAUGCAUUUUGGUGCUUUGAGAUGCUCAUAAGGAGAAUGCGAGAAAAUUUUCAAAUGGAAGGGCCAACUGGGGUGAUGAGGCAGUUGCAGGCAUUGUGGCAUGUUCUUGAACUGACAGAUAGAGAAAUAUUUACUCAUCUGUCAAGAAUUGGUGCUGAGAGCCUGCAUUUUGCAUUUCCUAUGCUGCUAGUUCUCUUUCGGCGAGAGUUGUCUUUUAAUGAGGCUCUUUCAAUGUGGGAGAUGAUGUGGGCAGCUGAUUUUGAUGAAUCCUUGGUACAUGAUUUAGAAGAGAAAUGUCCGGAAGCUUUGGAGAUAAAACUUCCUGAGAACUCGGGACAUGAAAUGAAAAGAGAACUUGCUAAUACCAAUGAUGCUGUGAGGAGUAGUUCACAAUCAAAUAGUAGCGAAAAUGAUAGCAGUACAAAGGCUCGCCUGCAGUCAAAUUAUGGAAACACUGACCAUUCUGUCUGUGAUGUCAAACUGAAAUUGCUGUCAUCCCAUACCUUUUGUGGCUUGACAAGGAGUUUCUGGUCAAGAAAUGCUCAAAUUGAAAUGAGCAUUAUAUCCGCCUUAUCAAGGAAAGAAAAUGACGAGCUGCCCAUAUUUUGUGUUGCGGCAAUUCUUGUUAUAAAUAGGCAGAAGAUUAUUCGAGAAACUCACUCCUUUGAUGAUAUGAUAAAGAUGUUCAAUGAUAAGAUGCUGAAGAUCAAUGUCAAAAGUGCUAUACAGAUGGCAAUCAAACUUCGAAAGAAAUAUUUAUACAAGGUAAUCAGGAGAAAGAGCCGUGUCGAACAGAAGGGCUGUGUAGCAAAGAAAGGGGACUAGCUUAUUACCAUUUCCAAGGAUAUUGUUGUAUAACAAGCACUGAAAUCCUCUGGGUAUUUCUUGUUGGCGGUGUUGCCAAUUUGGAGUACGCUGUUAUAACGUUGUUAUUCAACCUCGAGACUGGAAAUUUUGUGGCAGAAGCCCUUUUUCUUUUGGAGGUUCAAGCAGUUGGGCCUCCAUGAUCUUGACUAUGCCACUUUCACAAGUGGAAACAUUGACAAGAGGAGAUUUCAAUUGCUCUGGUUUCACCCACAUCUAUUCAAUUCGCGGUCUUGGAUACUUGGCAGAGGUUAUGCAAAACACUGACCCCCCCCCCCAUCAACGUUUUGGCGUGCCUAUGUUUCAGGAGAAAAUCAUGCACCAAAUCUUAAUUAUUGCUUUGAAGAUUCAGCUUAGGAAAAACAUCGAUACGCAGUGAGAUUUUUUUUUUUUUUUUUUGGGUGGUGGAUGCUAUAGUUUGAGGAAAUAUGUACUUAAGCUUCGAGGCUUGCGGCUGUAGUUGUUCGGCAGAAGAGAGAUUUAAAAUGGUUUAUACGUGCUGCAAGGAAAAGCUCCGAGUUGGUAAUUUCCUGUACUAGUGCAACUUUCAGAGGACAAAAGACUUAUUCAUGUUAUUCAUGUAUUAUUCUUUUCCUAGUAAAAACACAAACAAUUCGAUUUUA